AAACCAACUACUUCUGCAUCUGCCAAGGCACUUUCACGCGAUAAUACCAGUGAGGACCUGCGUAAAGGUCUUAGCCAACAAGCUGAAGAGCGCAAGAAACUACGUGAGCAGAAACAUGUACUUGCCGCACAGCAACGUGAAAUGAGAGAAAAAGAACGUACUGAACGUAUGGCUAAGCAAGCUAAGGAACGUGAGGAAAAACGUAUUAAGAAACAACUUGAAAUUGAGAAAAAGAAACGUGAACAAGAGGAUAUACAACUUAAGCUACGUCAACAGGAAGAAGCCGCAGCUGAGGCAGCUGCCAUGAAGCAACGAGUCGCAAAAGCUAAAGCUAUUGCCGAACAGGAGCAAGAACACUUAGCACAAAUUGAAAAAGCCAAACAGGGCACGCUGAGCAAGAAGAAAAUGAUGCCUCCACCAAAUCCCAAACCAGAAGUAAAAUCGUCAUACACAUUUGAUAUGUUACAUGAAGAUGAUUCAACAGAUGAUGAGGACAAAGUUUCUUAUAAGCGACCACCACCACCAGAAUGGAGCAAAAGUACAACUCGUGGUCCUGCCAUUCGUAUGCAAGAACAUUGCUGGUCUGAAAUUAUUGAUAACAUGUUUUCAGUCGAACCAGUUACGGUUAACUUAAAGGAAAUCUUUCCAAACAUUUCGUCUCAGCACUUAAAACGUAAUUCCAGUGUAAUGUGGUCAACUCCUCCACGUUAUUCAGAGUUACCAAAAUAUUAAAAUUACUUACUUUUUA